AUGGCUGGAGAGAGGAAGGCUGACAGAAAGACUGUUCUUGCGCGAAAACAAGGACGAAAGUUGCGCGCUGCCGAAUUCCGUCUCCUCUUGUAUCGUAUUGGCCGCCUAAAUGCUUGGUCGGAGAAAGUGUUCUUCCUAUUUGUCGGUAUUAAGAGAAAUAUUCACGGCGAACGCGGUCGUAUGGUAGACGGAGAGACAGAAACAGAGCCUACUAGACGUGGGUUAGGAAGUAAAGGGAUGAAAGUGACAGGGGAUAAUAUAGAAGAGGAAGAGGAGGGGGAGCAUAUGUGA